CGGAUCAGUCACGUUCAUGCAAAUACACUACACAAGAACCGUGCGGGACAUGCAUUUCAGCCAUGUAUUGCUUGCGCCAAUGUCCUUUUUAGGGCGCUUUGCUUGUGCGGAUGAGCUUCUCGGUCGAGGACGCUGAGGCGGAGCUGCUGACGCUGAGCUCCCAGGAACAGGAGUUGGAAUUGGAGCUGGAGAAGCUCUACAGCAAAGCCGCGCAUUUGUGUCAGAAUGAAAGCCGCAGCCUCGCCUUCGUUGGGGAGCAGCACAAGCAGGUGCCGGUGGCCAUCAAGAAGCUCCAAGAGACCUUACAGCAAACGUCCGGCGUGGCGGACGAGCUGAGCGUCCGCGUGAGAAAGCUGGACACGGUCUGCAGUCACGUGGGCGAGGCACUGAAGAUUGUCGAUGACCUGCUGGAGCUUCGCGAAUGUUCGGACCAGGUGAUGAAGUGUAUCACCGGUGAAGACUACGAGCAGGCCGCACGUUACGUGGCGCGCUUCCGUGCAGCCCAAGACAGCCUUCCGCCCGGGACCGACGACGCCACGGUGCGGACGUUGAGCGAGGCCGAGCGGCAGCUGAGUGCCAUCGUGCGCAGGCACUUCGAGGCGGCGAUGGCGGCCAAAGACUCCGCCGGCGUCUCGCGCUUCGCGAAGCUGUUCCACCCCCUAGGUCUGGCCAGCGAGGGCGUGCAGAAAUACGUGGAGUUCAUUCAGCGCUCCCUCGCCGAGAAAGCCAGCGUGGAGUUCAAGCGUCAGUUGGGUUCCGUGAAGCGUGCCGACCAGAGCCCGACGCCCUACGCCGAGACCUUGACCUCGGUCUUCAUGGCCAUCGCCGACAUCGUCCAGGAGCACCAGCAAGCGGUGGAGGAGGAAUUCGGUCCAGACAACUUUGUGGUCGUGGUGCGUGGGCUUUUAGAGGAGGCAGAUGUGCAGGGUAUCCGGGUGAUCGACAAGUUCACCAAGGACAACAGCAAGGUCUUCGCCGUCACCCAGGGGGUGGACACCCGCGAGGUGGGCGCCAUGCUGGAGGAGACGGCGAUGAUCACCCAGCGGGUGCAGCAAUUCAACGCCUACAUCCACGGUGUGGCGAAGGACGUGGUGGACAUGAUCGAAGACCCCUCGGCCUUCGUGAAGACUCUGCCUCGCGGCCACAGGGCGGAGGAUGGACUGCCUGCGGACACCAAGCUCUUGCACAGGGUGCAAGAGCUGGUCUCGGCUUAUGUGCUCGUCGAACAGAACUUCCUCUUGAUGUCCGUCGAAAAGGCGGUCACGGAGACGGAUUGUCUGGACCCGCACGAUCCGGAUGUUCUGACGACCACCAUGAUCGACGAAGCCUUCUUCAUCAUGCAAGAGUCCAUGAUGAGAGCUGUCACCACUUGUGAGAUCAACGCGGUGUGUGCCGUGGUGAACAACGUGAACGCGGCCGUGGGGGGAGAACUGCGACAGGCGCUGGCGAGCAACCUGGCGGAGAGCCGGCGAGUCUACUCCAGCUGGUUGACGCAUCCCAAGAACUUGGCCGCACCCAAGGCCGGUGAGCACCCUUUGGCUUCCCUCUUCUUGGAACAGGAUGGCAAGUUGCGGUCGCCCCUGACGGCGGCGCUCAGCUGGCCUCACUCCAUGAACAAUCUUCAGCAAUGUUUGGAAAACCUCGACCGCCUCAAGGAGACGGUGGAGGAGGCCUUUGAGGAAUACUUCCCCAGCGAAGGUCCCGACAAGGACAAGCGGGAGAUGUUCCAACACUGCAUCUCGCAGCUCUCGGCGUCCAAGGCAGAUUUGGACGCCCUGCAUGCCAAUCAGUGUAAGGAUGGCUUGGUGAUCUUGAAGGCCCAUUUGAGACCCUUGCUGGAGCCGCUGGACAAGUUGGACUACAACAUCUCCGAGGCGCAGUACGCGGACUUUCAGGUGAACGAUCCGUUCGCCAAGGCCUUCAAUGCGCAAGCGGACGCCAUUCACCAGCACAUUAAGGCGGUCUUGAAUCCCACGUCGGCGGAGGAGAUCAUGCAGCAGAUGGCGGAACAGACCUGCCGGCGCCUCGAGAAGGCUGCGCUCUCGAAGCGAUUCAGCUUGUUUGGGGCCCUGCAGUUUGAGAGUGAUGUCCGGGCGAUCUGCUCCUUCUUCACCAGUGUGAGUGAGCAGGCGUUGCGGCACAAGUUUGCUCGGCUCUUUGAGAUGUCCAGCUUGCUGAACUUGGAGAGUCUGGAAGAACUGCGGGAGCUCUGCAGCGAGCUGAAGUGGCGCCUGGCGCCCGACGAGGUGCGGCAGCUGCUGCUGUCGCGCAGCGACUUCGAAGCCACCGAGGAGCAGAUCGACUACCUCCUCCCGCGGCGCUGAGCCGUGCCGGGCGGCGAACGGGGCUCGGCCAAAGUUGUCGUCGGGUCGACUUGCCUUCGGCCGGGUGGCGCCGUAUCUUGCGUGAGAAA